UGUAUCUCUCUUCCUUUACAGCGGGACUCAGAUGAGGAGGAUGAACCUGCGCCAAAGAAACAAAAGGCAUCGAUGCAGGGUAGCGGUUUGGCAUCUCUCCUCCCUGCACCCAAGGGGAGUGCAGCUGCCUCCAUUUUCAACAAGAAGUCAGUAGCUCCAUCAUCAACAGUUACAUCAUCCAGCGUGAAAGAAAACACCACCAUAUUCAACAAGAAGGAGGACUUUGUUCCUUAUACCCUUACAAAGAACAAGCCAGCUACUUCUACAGGUAUGUCUUCUUCUAAAAGGGAGUCACAAGGUCAGAAUUCUACAGCAUCCCCAUCCACUGUGGUAUCCAAGAAGAAAAAUCCAGUCGGAGUUGGCCCUGCUGAACCCAUACAGACGGCUUCUGCAGCGAAACUUGCCAAACUCAACAUGUUGAAAAAACUCACAAAGGAAGAAGACAGUGCAAAGGAUGAUGGUAGUGAUGAGGAGGACCAGUCAAGGAACUUCUUCUCUCUCGGAGAGUCAAAAGACGAUGAAGCCAGUCCAAGCCCAGACCCUGAAGUUGCAGUUCCGUCUGUAGAGCCCACACGCAACUACAGCACGGCUGCGGGUAGUUCAAGUGUAAUGCCUACAAGUGUGGCAAGUUCAACCUACCCAGGGCCGUAUGUGGACCCUAACCAGUACACUCAGUACAGCGAGGCUGGCCAUUACAUGCAGUACAACCAACCGUAUGACUACUCAGACUACAAUCAGCAGUCAUACUCUGAUGACACAGUACAGGAGGGUUCCAGUCAGCUGCAGUCCCCACCACAGCCUGUGGCAGGGCCGUACGUCCAGGAUGAAAUGUUUGUGAGGAUGCAGGGAAAGAAAAACCGUGGUGAGGAAAUCAAAAUUAUUGAUGUACACGAGGACAGCCAGCGUGCCAAGAUGGAGGACUGGAAAAUACAGAUGGAUGCAGAGGAAAGGGAAUUCAUGCUGUCACGGUCAAAAAAAUCAGGAAAGCUGCCGUCUCGCCAACAGAGGAACAAACACCAGAUCACCUACCUUGCCUUCCAGGCAAAGGAGAGAGAAUUGGAGUUGAAGAACCAGUGGUCACAAAACAGGAUGACCAAAAGACAGACCCAGGCAAAGUAUGGUUUCUAAAAGUCAGCACUGUUGACAAGAAACGACCCUGUGAGAGUGAUGUUCUUGAAUCUCUUUCUAGUAGUUGUAUUCUUGUAAUAUGACACCUGUAGUACAUAUGAGUUUACCUAAUUUGGAAUAAUGUUCAGAAUCAUUAUCAAGAAAGCACAAGUUAGGAUUUGAACUGUUUUGAUGAAUUCCCAGCUCGUAAAUUUUACAACUGCAGUUUCAUGUAAAGAUGCUGCUUUACAUUCAUCCACACACGGCAUUGUACCAUGCUUUAUGUACAUAUAUUCCAUGUUUGCUGGAGAGUAUUAGUAAAUCCCAAACCAUAGCAUCUACGAUGUAUAGAAGCUUUGAGGGGUAGCAAUUCCUUUGUAAUGCAGGUACAGAUAGAUUGAUCUACAGUUACUGGUAACAAUGAGAAGAUUGGUUUUCAGAUGAUCGUCAACCAAGUGAUUGCCAUCUUACCAACUAACCAAUCACGCCCCUGACAUUAUAUAUAUUAAUGUUAAUAUUCAUUGAGAAAAAAAGAGAAAAACUUGUAGAAAAGCUGCUGUUUGUUGCUUAAAUGUAGCUAGUGUGUAUUUAUUGGUAUCAGGGUGCAGGUUUGGAAAUAUGGAAUACCCAGUAAUGAUGCUAAUGUGCUAAAAUUGCCUGUAAAUAUUAGCAUGAAGAUUUCCUUCAAAUUCCUUGUGCAGAAUACUUUCCAGUUUUGACACCAAAAUCCUACAUUGACAACAUUUUACUUGGUUUGUUAUAGCCAUGUCCUUUUUUGUGUCCCCAUAGAACUUGAGAAACAACAUAAACAUG